GGAGUUUGGUCUUCGACAACAUGGCCGCCUAGGUUGAUCUUAUCCUGUAAAAAUGAAGACAUGGUUUUUUCUAAGUUUGUGGCAUGUUUUCGGUGACAUUUGGGCUUUUGUAACUUUGCGAGGCAGCCAGUGACAUCGGGACGGCAUGGAGCUGCUUAUCAGGGGGACGAGGCCGGUACUGAAGGGGUUAUGUGCUCUCCAGCAAGUCCGAAAAUUACAUCGAGCUCCUCCAAGGCUCGCCCCUCUCAUCCCUAUUGUGGUGGAGCAGACGGGACGAGGGGAGAGAGCUUAUGACAUUUUCUCCAGGUUACUGCGGGAACGUAUUAUCUGUGUCAUGGGGCCGAUCGAUGACUCUUUAUCCAGCCUGGUGAUCGCUCAGCUCCUGUUCCUGCAGUCUGAGAGUAAUAAGAAGCCCAUCCACAUGUACAUCAACAGCCCAGGGGGCUCAGUGACAUCCGGUCUGGCUAUCUAUGACACCAUGCAGUAUAUACUAAACCCUAUCUGUACGUGGUGCGUGGGACAAGCUGCCAGUAUGGGGUCCCUCCUCCUAGCAGCCGGAUCCCCUGGGAUGAGACACUCUUUGCCAAAUUCCCGAAUCAUGAUCCAUCAACCCUCAGGAGGUGCCAGGGGUCAGGCCACAGACAUCGCCAUACAGGCAGAAGAAAUCAUGAAGCUCAAGAGGCAGAUUAACGGGAUUUACGCUAAACACACGCGUCAGCCGCUAUCGGUGAUCGAGUCCGUCAUGGAAAGAGAUCGCUACAUGAGUCCCACAGAAGCGCAGGAGUUUGGUAUCCUGGACAAGGUAUUAGUGCACCCCCCUCAAAAUGGAGAAGAUGAACCAGAACUUGUCCGAAAGACAGAGGAGCCGUCACCGCAGCCAUCUGAGCCUUAGAUAGAAGAGUCUGUGCAACUAUAAGUCAUACAAAACUGGAGGCCAGCCGUGCCCGGACACACAGGAGGCCCUGCUAUAAUGCUAGUGAUGGUUGAGACUAGAGAUGAGCGAACUUACAGUAAAUUCAAUUCGUCACGAA